AUGAUACACCAGGAAACCUUGCCAAAGGGCUCCUUUGUCGCACCAGUUAUCCUUGCCUCUGAUAAAACUCAGCUGUCCAAUUUCGGUGGUGAUAAAUCUGCCUGGCCAGUCUACUUGUCAAUCGGGAACUUGUCAAAAGAAAUCCGCCGUCGCCCAUCCUGCCAUGGCACCGUUUUGAUUGGUUACCUUCCGGUUGCGAAGCUCCAAUGCUUUUCGAAGGCGGUGCGCUCACUGGAAAUCUAUCGCUUAUUCCACAAGUGCAUGUCGAAGCUGGUCGAACCGUUGAUAGCUGCGGGAAAUGAUGGAGUGGAAAUGAUUUGCGCCGACACGUUCAUUCGCAAGUUGCAUCCCGUUCUCGCAGCAUAUGUAGCCGACUAUCCCGAGCAGUGCCUCAUUGCCUGCUGCAAGGAGAACCAGUGUCCUCGUUGUGUCGUACGUCCAGAGCAUCGUGGCAAGCUGUUGAAAGCUGUACAAAUCCGAGAGCCUGCGGCCACACUGCAAAUAUUGAAAGCGCACCGAAAGGACGAGUUCCCUCCCCCAGAAUUUAAUCAACAUGGGCUACGUGCCGUGUACAAACCCUUCUGGCGACACCUUCCUCAUUGCAACAUCUUCACUGCCAUCACGCCUGAUAUUUUGCAUCAGCUUCACAAAGGCGUGUUUAAAGAUCACCUUGUCAAAUGGUGUAGUGAUAUUAUAGGUGCGGAUGAACUUGAUGCUCGCUUCAAGGCCAUGCCAGAUGCACCUGCACUUCGUCACUUCAAGAAAGGCAUAUCCGGGAUUUCGCAGUGGACUGGGAAGGAGCAUAAAGAAAUGCAGAAGGUAUUCGUGGGAGUCAUGGUUGGUGCUGUCAACAACGAAGUUCUCACUGUGGUACGGGCGCUCGUGGACUUCAUCUACUACGCACAAUUUCAAUCACAUACCACAACAUCACUCCACGCAUUGCAAGUCUCCCUCGAGUGUUUCCACAAGCACAAAGAUAUCUUCAUUGAGCUCGGAAUUCGGGACCAUUUCAACAUCCCCAAGCUCCAUGCCAUACAGCACUACAUCGACGCCAUCAAACAGCUUGGUAGUCUCGACGGCUAUAACUGUGAAUCACCCGAACGACUUCAUAUCGACUUUGCGAAAGAAGCUUACCGUGCUUCGAACCGACGGGAUUUCCUGGAGCAAAUGGCUGUUUGGCUUCAACGACGCGAAGCCAUACACUUACGCUCCUCUUUCAUUCAGUGGAAACAUAACUGUAUCCCUGCGCUAGUUACAAAACCUGCCGAUGAAUGGGAUCCAACCCUCCCUAUGAAACACGUUCAAAGCGCCGAAGAUGAAGACGAACAUGCACUCCCUCAUACUCCUCCCACUCCUUCCGCUCCUACAUCCUUCAAAAUUGCGAAGGUUGCCCCUUUCUGCCGCACACUAGCCGAACUCGAGACCCUCCACGGUGCCAUUGACUUCGCGCCUACACUUACAGCUUAUCUUAGAAAGAUAGACCCUACAUCUCGCAUUGAACCAUCUUCCUAUGACCGGUUCGAUGUCUACAAGAAAAUCACAUUAUAUCAGGCUCAAAAUCGGUUCCUCAAUAGCGACACCUGGAUGACUCAACUUCGUGCAACUUGCGCGCAACCUCGACAAGGACGCAAGAAGGCUAUUCCACCACACUUUGAUACAGCAUUGGUGAUAGAGGACAUGGGGUCGUACAAAGCUAACAAGGACCUAAUAGGUCAGGUCCAAGUGGCUCAAAUACGGGUUAUAUUUACCCUACCCCCGCAGUUUGGCUCGCACCCGUUGCCGUUGGCAUACGUUGAAUGGUUCACACCAUUGCGCCGCUUCGAUCCCGUGGCUGGUAUGUUCGUUAUCCAACGGUCUACUCGCACCCAUCGGCGAAAGUCCUCAGUGGUUUCCGUCGAGCAUUUCGUUCGGGGCUGUCAUCUGAUGGGUAAAUGCAACAAGAAGAUAGACGUAGACUGGACCUCAGAGAACGUACUGGAUGAGGCCCCCUCCUUUUAUCUCAAUUCACACAUUGACAUCGGGCUGUUUUCGCACAUCAGACUGUAG